AAGCAAGGACCAAGGGCGCGCCAAGUAUUCCGAGCCUGAGGAAGAGAAACAGCACAAGCAGGGGGCAGCAGGGAAGUCGUGACCGCAGCAGUCAACGCUCCCUCGCCUUCCGAGGCCUCGCCGCACCGCGCAGGCGUCCCGCGGGCCCCGGAGCCCGCUGACCCGCCCCCCCCGCCGCUGUCGCCAGCGGGCCUUCCGGCGUUGUGAAAGCGGUUCCGGUUCGCGGAGGUUCCCGGGUUUUGCGUCCCGCGACCGGCCGGAAACCCCCUCGCAUAGCAGCCGGUUCCGGUUCGGACUUUGUAUCUUUGGUAAAGUCAGUGAUGUGAAAAGACCUGACAUGGAUGAUCCUGCUGACAGGGUGAGGAUGGAUGCUGGCGAGGUGACGGUCGUGAACCACGGCUCCAUCCUCAAAUCUCACCUCCUGCCACAGACAGGCGUUCCCGAGGACCAGCUUUCACGUUCUGACCAGCAGAUUUUACCUUCCAGGCAAGGAAAUUUGGACCCAUCUUUUAUUUGCCCCACAAGAAGUACAGCUUACCACCCAAAUUAUGACUCAGACAACCCUUCCUUAGACAGUUUUCUUGGCUCAGGAGACUUAAGAACCUUUGGCCACAGUGCCAAUGGACAGUGGAGAAACUCCACUCCCACGUCAAGUUCAGCUUUACAGAAAUCAAGAAACAGCCGAAGUCUUUACCUCGAAGCCCGAAAGACCUCAAGUGGAUUAUCAAACACUUACACGGGAAAGUCAAACCAUCACUGCCAUGUGUCUGCAUAUGAAAAAUCUUUUCCUAUUAAGCCUGUUCCAAGUCCAUCUUGGAGUGGUUCAUGCCGUCGAAGUCUUUUGAGCCCCAAGAAGACUCAGAGACGACAUGUCAGUACAGCAGAAGAGACAGUUCAAGAAGAAGAAAAGGAGAUCUACAGACAGCUGCUACAGAUGGUCACAGGGAAACAGUUUUCUGUAGCAAAACCCACGACACAUUUUCCUUUGCACUUGUCUCGAUGUCUUAGUUCCAGUAAGAAUGUUUUGAAAGACUCACUAUUUAAAAAUGGAAGCUCUUGUGCAUCUCAGAUAAUUGGCUCUGAUACUUCGUCCUCUGGAUCUGCCAGCAUUGUAGCUGCACAAGAACAGCCACCCCACAGUGUGUGUUCCCUCUCCUCUUACACCCCAGAUGUUGUUAUAUUUGGAUCCAAAGAUCCAGACCCUCUUCAUCAACCCCUCCGUCAUCACCCUCUUCCACAUCAGCCAGACAACUUACCAGCUUCAAAUUCACAAUCUGAAGGAUCAGACUCUGUGAUUUUACUCAAAGUGAAAGAUUCCCAGACUCCCACUCCCAGCCCAACUUUCUUCCAGGCAGAGCUGUGGAUCAAAGAAUUAACUAGUGUUUAUGAUUCUCGAGCACGGGAAAGGUUGCGCCAGAUUGAAGAGCAGAAAGCACUGGCAUUACAGCUUCAAAACCAGAGACUGCACGAGCAGGAGCAUUCAGUUCAUGACUCAGUAGAACUGCGUCUUCGUGUACCUCUUGAGAAGGAGAUCCCUGUCACGAUCGUCCAAGAAACAGAAAAGAAAAGUCAUAAAUUAACUGACAGUGAAGAUGAAUUUCCUGAAAUUACAGAGGAAAUGGAGAAAGAAAUAAAGAAUGUAUUUCGUAAUGGCAACCAGGAUGAAGUUCUCAGUGAAGCAUUCCGUUUGACUAUUACCCGCAAAGAUAUUCAGACUCUAAACCAUCUGAAUUGGCUCAAUGAUGAGGUCAUCAAUUUCUACAUGAAUAUGCUGAUGGAGCGAAGUAAAGAGAAGGGAUUUCCAAGUGUACAUGCAUUCAACACUUUUUUCUUCACUAAGUUAAAAACAGCCGGUUAUCAGGCAGUGAAGCGCUGGACAAAGAAAGUGGAUGUGUUUUCUGUUGACAUUCUUCUGGUGCCCAUUCACCUGGGAGUGCACUGGUGUCUUGCCGUGGUGGACUUCAGAAAGAAGAGCAUUACGUAUUACGACUCGAUGGGAGGGGUAAACACGGAAGCCUGCAGGACCCUCUUGCAAUACCUAAAGCAAGAAAGCAUGGACAAGAAAAGGAAAGAGUUUGACACCAACGGCUGGCAGCUCUUCAGCAAGAAAAGCCAGGAAAUUCCACAGCAGAUGAAUGGAAGUGACUGUGGCAUGUUUGCCUGCAAAUAUGCUGACUGUAUUACCAAAGACAGACCAAUCAACUUCACACAGCAACACAUGCCGUACUUCCGGAAGCGGAUGGCCUGGGAGAUCCUGCACAGGAAGCUCUUGUGAAGACUGUCCUGGUCGGCAGGCGUCGACCUUGUGAGGGACCAGAUCUUUGCUGUCUGUGGCCAGAGACCUUGGAAACAGCUGCUCCCGGCCCUCUGUUCUUGUAGAACCCUUGCUCCGGACCAGGCCCUGGCGAGAUGCGUUCACAAGCACAUCUGCCUUUCCUUUUGUAUCUCAGAUACUAUUUUUGCAAAGAAAUGUUGGUGCUGUGAAAGGGGUGAGGGACAUCCCUGACUGAGCUGAAGAGCGUCUCUCUUCACGUCUUCAGUUCUGCCAUCUUGUUUUCUAAGGGCUCCAGCCUCACUUGGCCCCUAAUGCGGGCACUGAGAAAAGCUUGGAAAGAAUCUUGGUUCCCUAUAAACUCCUCUCUGGCCUUACUAGGAUGUAGGAAAGGGCAUGGGCGGAAGGCAGGGCUAAGAACCACCAGCAUAUCCGUGCACGAGCAUCCGUACACACGAGGACAACUUCCACCCUGCGUAGUCAGGAAUGUGACUGUGAGCUGGACUCUGGGGUGCUGAGCCCUCCUCCAGGACUGUUGCUGUUCAGUGCCCCGUGUGUGAGACAAGGCUGUUUCUCAUCAGUAGCUGCUCCCACCCUGAGGCACAGCACUUGAGCCCUGGGCGGACCCCCAAGGUCCCAAGCAGUCCUUUCCUUAAAAGUAGGGUUUGCAUAUGGAAGGAACAUGAUAACAGGGAAGACCCACCAAGGAGCAGCUCAGCAGAGCAGCCAAGUGGGGAAGCCACUCACACUGCCGCCUGCCCCUGGCCAAGAAGAAGGGCCUCAGUCUUGAGCCCGAAAUUCCACACUAGAUAAAUGCAGGUCUGGUUGGUCUGUGGCGACUUAGUUUAACUGCAUUUCUGACCGCAGAGAAUUUUAUAUAUUUUACAGGGAUAUGCUUUUUAAAAAAGAAAGACUGAAUGUGUUCACCAUUUAGCCUGUAGAUUGAUUCCCGUUUUCCAAAUUUCAGCACACACAGCUCCCGCCCUAUGCGUAGGGUGUCUGUGUACUUCCCAACAGGGCGCCUUGAGGCCCGGAUGAGCUCCGGCUGAGGGGCCGAGGCUGUGGCGGCGUGGGGUUUGGGCUGAUGCACCUGAGGCCUAGAGCGGCGGCUCCUUUUUUCUUCCUGGCACCUCCCCCACCCUGAGAGCUCCUCAGGCUUAGAUAGUGAGAUGACCCUGUGCCAGUGUCAUUUUGUACUUCAUUCCCAGACAGGAACGUUUUCUACUUUUCUGUAUCGUCAUAGGUAGUUUUGUAUGAAGUCUCCCUGGACCCACCCUUUGCAGCGUUGUGCUUUCUCCCUGGGCUUAUGGAAGAUUUUACUCUGUUUUAUACCAAGCUUGUUUAGUACAUUUUUCUAUGUUUUACCACAAGUUACAAUUUGAAAAGAAAACUAUUUUUUUUAAAUAUUCCAUUGUUAACUGAAUGGUACCUGUUUUCACUCCAGUGACUGGGUGUCUUGACGUCCUGCUUUUCUCAUACCUGCCUGCCUUGGGGGCCGCGUGUGUGUGCUUCUUCCCCCACCCCCUCCUCGCUGUCUUCCUUCUCUACUUCUCUCCUCCUUUCCCACCCCCCCCCCCUUUAUGUUUUCUGUAGGAAAUAAAUAGCUUUCUGUACAUGAGUUACUGGGACCUUUCACAGUCUCUUUUAGGAAGCUGUGACUUCCAGGCUUGCUGCAAGAUUCCUGGAAUACUGUCCAGUUCCUGGUACUUCCUGUACUUAAGUGAUCAUCGAAAGGUGGCUCUGUGAUGUGGACUUGUACUGCAAAGCGAAAGACCUGAAUUUUUCAGGCUAUCUCACUUUUGUCUGAGGAGAUUCUAAAGAAGAUAGUUCUGUAUUUAUUGUUUCCAUUUAGACAUCUGUCUUACCUUUCUCAGAGACUUUUUGUAUAGACCAAAGCAAAAGUAUUUAUUGCCAUGUGUAGCAGAAAAUGAAACAUGCAAGAGAAGCACUUUGGAAAAUAUAUAAGGACUUGUUGA